CCGGAAAUGUGUACCAAUGUUAUUAUUCCUACCGCCCUCAUGAAGGGCUAGCUAACAUAAUCAUUUCUAAUUUCGCAAACACACAUGAUACUGCUUUGCUGUUGUGAAUGUGAGUUAAAAGAUGGAUCCAUUGGAUCACAUGUUAUCAGACCCACUGGAGUCCGGUAUGGACCGUGAUGGACGUGUGAUGGAGGAGUGCAUGUUGGGAAACUGUCGUGUUCGGGUUCCUGAAGAUCUGCUGGAGGAUCCAGAGAUUUUCUUCUCAGUGGUGAGCGAGAGCACGUGGACAGAUGUUUUGACAGAUGCUCAACGGACACAUCUCCGUCAGUUCCUACCACAGUUCAGUGAAAACAACAUCUCUGAGCAGGAGAACACCAUCAGUGACCUUUUCAACAACCAGAAUUUAUUUUUCGGAAAUCCCUUGCACAUUGCUCAGAAACUCUUUAGAGAUGGUUACUUCAAUCCAGAAGUGGUAAAGUACAGGCAACUCUGUGCCAAGUCCCAGAAAAAAAGACACAUUUACUCUCUUCAACAGUACUACCACAAAUUACUCAAGCAGAUCCUGGUCUCCAGAAAGGAGUUGCUGGAUUUUGCCGUUCGCAGUGGACCUGAGUUGGCUGUGAAACGGCGUUACCCUGCUCCGUCCCACAAGGAGGUGCUAGAAAAGAGGGUCAGGCGUCGAGUGGGUAACAUACUAAAGGAUGUGAAAACCGACUGUGGGGACAGUAAUGUGUCAUCGGAUGAAGACGACACAGCCUCUUGGUUGCCAGUUCCUCAGUCGCCCUCCUCCCCAACACCAGCCAUCUCCCUCAGGGUCCUGCCCAGCCUCUCUACUCCGGACAUGAAAGCUAGAGAUAAGCCUGAACUGGGUGAGAAGGACCUCAGAGCCAUGCUGCAAAGGCACAGAGAGAAGAGAAAACGACAACCAGAUCACCCUGACCUCAUAACCUCCGACCUCCAUCUUGGUGACAUCAUGUCAAGAGUGAAUAUCGGCAGAAAAGGAUCGAUUACAACCAACUUUGAACUAGUCCUGCCUAAGAAAAAGAUAAAAGAGGAGAGGAGAAAGAAGAAGAUCCGGCCCAUUAAAACCGAAUCGGAGGAGGUGUGCGACGUUCAAAUGUCUGCAGCUUCCGUCAACCCAGGCCUCGCUGACUCCCCCACUGUUCCCUUACAAAGUGUUAAAGAAGAGCCUAUGGAUGAGUCCCAGAACAGCCCUGAAAUGGUAGAGGAGAUUGCCAUGAGCUUUUUUCAUUUGCUCGAGGAUGUGCUCAGGCUGGAAGGGGUAGCGACAUCCUCGAUGGUGGAGGAGAAAGUCCAACAAUGGCAAACAUCUCCGGCAAGCACACUCAACUCUUGGUUCUCGAUGGCCCCCUGCUGGUCAGAGUUGGUAGUACCUGCACUACAGUUUCUUGCUGGAGAGAGCAAAUCUGGUGUGAUGGCUAUGCCUACUGGCUUCGUACCUAUUGUGGAAUUUAAAGAAUCUACACAGCAAUGGAAAUGGAUGGGCCCAAGUCAAGAUGGAGACAAAGAUCUGAGUGCACUGUUCCAGCUAUGGCUGGAGUCGAAAGAUCACAUGGUUGUCAAGCAGGAAUGUGAGGACACCUCAGACCUUACUCCUCCAACACCAAGAGUGUGGACAGACUAUGUGGUGAGACCUAGUACAGGAGAAGAAAGGCAUGUUUUUCAAGAGCAGGAGCAACAGCGCUAUGAUCAGCCACACAAAGCCUUCACUUACCGAAUGCACGGCUUUGAGUCUGUGGUGGGACCAGUCAAGGGAGUUUUUGACAAGGAGACUUCUCUUAAUAAAGCUCGAGAGCAUUCUUUACUGCGCUCUGACCGACCCGCUUAUGUCACCAUACUGUCUCUUGUGAGAGAUGCUGCUGCCAGGCUUCCUAAUGGAGAAGGUACCAGAGCUGAGAUUUGUGAGUUACUCAAGGACUCCCAGUUUCUGGCCCCUGAUGUCACCAGUGCACAGGUCAACACAGUGGUGAGCGGUGCCCUCGACCGCCUCCACUAUGAGAAAGAUCCUUGCGUGAAAUACGACAUCGGCCGCAAGCUUUGGAUCUACCUCCAUCGGGACCGGAGCCAGGAAGAGUUUGAGAAAAUACACCAGGCUCAAGCUGCAGCUGCCAAAGCCAAGAAGGCUCUCCAGCAGAAGCCCAAACCUGUACCCAAACCUAAGGCAGGUGGUAAGGAGCAAGGCGCAAAGAACGGCACCAGCGAGGCUGGUCAGAGCUCAGGGGCCGAAGCGGUCACCAUUAAUCCCACCAACUUGCCCCAGCCUCCCUCCACCCCCACACCGAGCACCCCUGGAACCCCCAAAUCACCUCUCGCUUCCACAGCACCUACUCCAACCAAAACAGGAGCUCCAGAGCCUGUCAAACCCAGUCCUAGUGUCCUGUUGGUGUCUCCUCCUUCCAUGCCCCAGUUAGGAACGCUGCUUCCAACCAGUCAGACAGGUCAACAGGUUUCCCAGCAGGCCUCGGCACAGCCUGCGACUCGAGUAGUGGCGCACUCGGCUGCCACCGGCUCUUUGCCUCAGGUGCGAGUGGUCACCUCCUCUGCAGGCCAGCCUGCAACAUUAGUGCACCAGAGCCCUCACCACAUCAGAGUACCAGUAUCUGUGACACAUGGCAAGAGCAUCACACAGACAGUGGUGACUGUACCACUAAGAUCUCAGUCUACAGGAAGCCCCAUCCAGGUGCAGGCUUCACGUGGUCAGGCCAGUGUUACUGUCCCAGGUCUCGCUUCUGCUGUCACGGUAACCAAACCUCAAACCAGCUCACCCGCAAGCCCUGCGCACAACCCAGCAUCACCUGCAUUACUGCAGGGAGUAAGCAGCCAGAAUAUUAUCAAACAGGUUGCUAUUGCGGGCCAGUUAGGUGUAAAGACUCAAAGCCCCACAGGAAUCCCUCUCACCGCCACUAACUUGCGCAUUCAGGGCAAGGAUGUACUCCGUCUGCCCCCCUCCUCGAUUACCACUGAUGCCAAAGGUCAGACGGUGCUGCACAUCACUCCAGACAUGAUGGCCACCCUCACUAAAUCCCCAAUGGCCACUGUUAAGCUCACCCCAGACAUGCUGAGCAGUGUCACCAGCGCAGGGACUAAAAGCAUCUCUGCCACUCUACAUAUGUCUUCAUCCCAGCCCUCACCCACCACCCCAAACACUGCCUCACCUGUAACAGCUGAGACCCUUGCUGCCAAAGCACCUGCGUCUUUAGGCACCACGGGCACCGCUACACUUGUGAAGGUUCACCCGGAUCUAAAGGCAGCCUGUGACACAGCUAUCCGCCUCAUGCCUGCCCUGGCAGUCACUAUGGCUGACCCCAAAACCCGCACUUACUCUACUGUGACCUCUUCUGAAUCAAAAGCAGGCACCACUAUUCGAAUAGUGCCAAAUAUGAGUGUGAUUCCUCAGAAACAGGGUCAGACUGUCUCGCUUAGUACAACCACCUCAGCUACAAAGCCAAUCACGGUGUCAUCAGGGGCAGCCACUGUCACCAUUGCCACUAGUGGAGUAGGAGGAGCCAAAAGCGUGACACUAAGCCCUGCAGCCACGGGGUCUUCUCUGUCUCUGGGUACUGCUGCAGCCACGGUCAGACAAGUGCCGGUCACUGCCACUGUAGUUUCUACACAAGCGGGCAAGAUUCCCACAAGGAUUACAGUGCCUCUCUCUGUCCUCAGCCAACCUCUGAAAAACAAGAGUAUGGUCACCACACCCUUACUAAAAGGGAAUAUAAGCACAAAUAUUGGUAAUCUUGGCAGAAACAUCAUUCUGACCACUAUGCCAGCAGGCACCAAGAUAAUUGCUGGGAACAAGCCUGUCAGUUUUGUGACUGCUCAGCAACUGCAACAGCUGCAGCAGCAAGGACAGGCCACACAGGUUCGAAUUCAGACGGUGCCAGCUCAGCAGCUGCAGCGUACUGUGGCCAGCUCGCCAAAAUCCACUGUGUCUACGGUGGUGGUCUCCACCGCGCCCUCACCGAAGACAAACCCGGAUCCUCAGUGACACAACUGGAAG